AAAACCCGCAAGUCACACAGGACAAAUAGAGAGAGAAAGUGAUGGAAGGAUGAUGAAAGUUGCGGUAGACUCGGAUCCUGUCUCCCGAGAAAAAGGUCCAAACAAAGUCUCCAAAAACUCAAACACUAGUUUUUGAGUCUUUGACUCUCCAUCUUUCACACCUAAACCCGAAAAAAAAAAAAAAAAAAAUUAACCCCAUGGAAACGGGUGACCAAUACCCACAGCUGCCGGAUCUCCGGCGUCUCCUCUCCCCAACCACCCAUUUUCCGCCAACCCCUCAACCCACCCAACUGCCCUACUUUGCUCCCCACCAUGAAACUUUCAAUACCAUGGGUUUUCCUAGUGGGUUGGCAAGGUUUGGUCAUGUUCAUGCUCAUCAAUCUACACCCACCACUGUAACUGGGGCUACUACUUCUAGAAUGGGAAUGUAUGGGGUGGAGAUGGAGAGUGGAUGGUGUUUGGGGAAUGAUGGUGGGAAUAGUCGGUGGCCGAGGCAGGAGACUCUCACUCUUUUGGAGAUCAGAUCCAGGCUUGAUUCCAAGUUCAAGGAAGCAAAUCAAAAAGGACCCUUGUGGGAUGAAGUGUCUAGAAUAAUGGCAGAGGAACAUGGAUAUCAGAGAAGUGGGAAGAAAUGUAGAGAGAAAUUUGAAAACCUGUACAAGUAUUAUAAGAAAACUAAGGAAGGUAAAGCUGGAAGACAAGAUGGCAAAAAUUACAGAUUCUUUCGCCAACUUGAGGCUCUCUAUGGAGAAAAAGGCAACAAUCGAGGUAGUUCAAUCCAGCCGGAGACCAAUGCUGCACAGAAGAUCAAUCUUCCGCAGACCCCUAACAACACAACAUAUCAGGAAAACCAAGAGCAGUACUACUCCAUGAAUGAACAGAAAUUACUAAGUGAGAGCCUUAGUUUCUCCAACACAAUAUCUGAGUUUGAAACUUCUUCGUCGGAUGAUCACAAUGAGCUUCAAUCCAUUGCCCUUACAAUGGAAAAGCAGAAGAGGAAGAGCUGGAAAACAAAGGUAAAGGGUUUUGUGGAGUCACAGAUGAAGAAGCUGAUGGAAACACAAGAGGCUUGGAUGGAGAGAAUGUUAAAGACAAUUGAAGAUAGAGAGCAAGAGAGAGUGUUAAAAGAAGAAGAAUGGAGGAGGGAAGAGACAUCACGGUUUGAAAGAGAACACCAAUUCUGGGCAAAGGAGAGAGCUUGGUUUGAAACUCGAGAUGGCGCAUUGAUAGAAGCGUUGAAGAAGUUUUCAGGGAAAGGUCUAGAAGUGUCAUCAUCAGCUGAAGUGCCUGUGACCACAGAAACCCAAUUUAGUCAUGAUCACCAAAUAAUAAGGGAGAACAUUAAAGCAAGGCGAAUUGGCAUUGAUGCUCUUAAUGCUAAUGGUACUGGGUGGACUGAACCUGAAAUCUCAAAGUUAAUGCAGCUCAGAACAACCCUGGAACCGAGAUUCCAAGGGUAUUCAAAAAAGAGUAUUUGGGAGGAGAUAGAGGCAAAAAUGGUGAGUUUGGGAUAUGAUCGUGAUGCAUUUGAAUGUAGAGAGAAAUGGGAGAGUAUGCAUAAUAUGUUCAUCAUGAACAUGAGUGAAGAGAGUAACAAGAAAAGGAAAGAGGAUUUGAGAAGAAGCAAUUAUUAUCAGCAGGUUGACAGCACUUACGAUGGCCAAGAAAUUGGGAAACAAAGGGUUGAAACUAUUGAUUCUCCUUCUAGUUCUUAUGUGGUAAAUGAAGGAGAGAACUUUUAUGGGUUGAAGAUGAUGAGUAAGGGAAAGAAUCACAUGUAAGGACAUGAAUUGAUUUAAGCACUGACUAGGUGUUUUUUUUUAAUCUUCUUCUUCUUCUUCUUCUUCUUCUUUUUCCUUUUUGGUCGUGGAAAGUUGUGGGUGUUGAAUUGAGUAGAUAGGGUUUUGUCUUAAAACAGGAUGACAGAGAGGGAGAAGGAAAAGUCUUACUUCGGUUCAAAUGGUGGUGUAAAACUGUAAACAGAACUGAUACUCCCUGUCCCUUUUUUUUUUUU